UGUUGCUGUAGUAACGAAGAUGUGCGCGUCUGCUUAAGAGCACAUGAGGGUAAAUAAAUGUGAUACCGACCGAUAGUAUUUACCACCUUCUUGCUAAAUUGUUAAAUUAACGAUUUAAAAAUCAAUCUGAAUUAAGAGAAACCGAGGCGUCCACGCCACAAAAUGCAAAGGAAAGAGGCAAAGGUCUUGCGCUUCUAAAACGUUAAACUGCUGCGCGCGAGCUAGCAUAAUGUUAUCGUCCGCUGGUAUGGAUUAUAAUAACUAUCGUUCUUGAUGUGUUCGGCUGUUAGCGCCAAUGUGUCGUAAAAUCUGUGCUGUCACGUUCAAAGUUGCUCAAGUCUUGCUGACUUGGUUAAGGUGGGAUGUCUUCAUUAAAGCGUUUUGUACCCGCGCGGUUUCUCACGCUGAGCGCGCACCUGGUUAUCAUCAUUACUAUAUUCUGGUCGCGGGAGAAUAAUGUACAAUCGUGCCUACCACUGGAUUUUACUGAAGAACAGUUCAAGACAGAAGAUACACGGUUGGUUGUGGCUCUGUCUGUAACUCUGGGUUUGUUUGCUGUUGAAUUGGCUGGAUUCUUUUCUGGAGUCUCAAUGUUCAACAGGAAUCAGUGCCUUCUGUCUCUGAUCGCUCAUUCCAGUGCGUCUGUCAGUUUGUCUCUGUUUGUGUUGCAGCAGUGGCCCUGCUGGGCAUACUGGAUCAUUUUCAGCCUCUGCAGUGUAGUUCCAGCAGUUUUGGAGUUGAUUCUGCUCAUUUCACUUAAGUUUGUGUGAAAUGUUCUUCUUGCUGAAACCCUUUCUUUUGAUUAAAAGUGUGUUUUUGUAUUACGGCAAUUUUUUACAUUAGAGAAAUUAGCAGAUGAAGAGGGAUAGGUGUUAUUUUAACUUUUACAGUCAAUCUAAUGUAAUGAACCCUAGCAACAUCUGAUGGAGUUUGUGUCUGUCUUGUUUAAACCUGACCAUGAAUCUGAGAAUAUUACUGUAUUCUGAGAAGACUACUUACACAGCGUUUCUCAACCAGAGGACUGAGACCCGCUAAGGGGCCUUGGAAUAAUUUGAAGGUAAAACAAUUUCUUAAUUUAUGGUUAUUUUUAUAACAAAUAUACCUUUCUAGUUAUUCCAAGCUCUGAAAUACUUUGUUUAUUUUUUAAUGCUUUGCCAUUUCAACACCACAACAACACAAGUAUGAAAUGCUUAACUGACCUCUAGUGGUUGGAAUAAAAAGUAAAAACUA